AUGGCACCGACGGACGGAGGUGCAGCGCCGGCGAUGCUGCAAUUCCUCCUCUUCACUCACCUCAUCGUUGCCACCUGCAGCAGCGGACAGGGAGCAAAUCUUGAAAGAACUCCUGGUGUGCCUAUGGCCGUCCCCAUGCCCAUUCCAGCAAUCACAGCUGACUCACCUGACCAGUUCCAUGGAAAGCUUCGACUCCCACGUUUUGCUAUGCCAACCCACUAUGAGCUCCAUUUCCACCCCGACCUCGUCUCCUCAACAUUUUCUGGUGUGGUGUCAAUUAAUGUCUUUGUUUUAGCGCCCACUCGUUUCCUUGUGCUAAAUGUUGUGGAACUCACCAUCGACCAUGCUUCCAUCCACUUCAAGCAUUUGGAGCCAACCGACGUGGUAUUCUUCAAGGACGACCAGAUUAUGGUACUCGGGUUUCGUAAAGGGCUUCCACUAGGUGAGGGUGUGCUAAGUAUGCACUUCAAUGGCACCCUUAGUGAUGAGAUGAGGGGAUUUCACAGAGGUAAAUACCAUUAUAAGGGGGAGAUGGCAUACAUGGCGUUCACAGUGUUUGAGCCCGUGAAUGCGCGACGGUGUUUCCCCUGCUGUGAUGAACCUGAUUUCAAGGCUACGUUCAAGUUAACUUUAGAAGUUCAAUCCGACUUGGUAGCUCUAUCCAACAUGCCUGUACUUGGUGAGAUAGUGGAUGGUUCUAUCAAGGUUGUCCAUUUUGAGGAAUCACCCCUCAUGUCAACUUAUUUAGUUGCCAUGGUUGUUGGUAUUUUUGAAUUUAUAGAAGGUGUGACGUCACAAGGCACCAAAGUCCGUGUGUACACUGAAGUUGGCAAGUCUAAACAAGGACAGUUUGCAUUGGAUGUUGGAGUGAAGUCAUUGGAUCUAUAUGAUGAUUACUUUGAAACUCCUUAUGCACUCCCUAAGCUGGACAUGAUUGGAAUCCCUGACUUUCCUGUGGCCUUGGAAAACUUUGGAUUGGUCACAAUCGGAGAGGGAGGUUUGCUUUUGGAUGAGACGUCUACAACAUCCACCAAACAGCAGGAAAUUGCAGUUAAUGUGGCACAUGAAUUAGCUCAUCAAUGGUGUGGCAAUCUUGUAACCAUGGAAUGGUGGAAUGACAUAUGGCUAAGUGAGAGAUUUGCUACAUGGAUGAGCCAUGAAGCAGUAGACUCAUUUUUUCCUCAAUGGAAUAUUUGGCUGAAAUUUCUUGUGGGCACGGUUGAAACUCUUAGAUUGGAUUCAAUGAACGGGUCUCACCCGAUCGAGGUUGAGAUACACCAUACCAAUGAAAUUGAUGGUAUUUUUGAUGAACUUGUCUAUGUUAAAGGUGCUUCCAUUCUUCACAUGCUACAAAGUUUCUUGGGGGCAAAGCGUUUCCAGAAAGCAUUGGCUUCAUAUGUGAAGAAAUAUGCCUACUCGAAUGCUAAAACGGAGGAUCUAUGGAUAGUGAUUGAAGAGGAAACUGGUGAACCAUUGAAGGAUUUGAUGACUCCUUGGACGAAGGAACCAGGAUAUCCCGUGAUUAAUGUAAAACAUGAAGGUGAACACAUCCAACUUGAACAGGCCCAGUUUGAUUUAGAUGGAUCCUCUCGAUCUAGCUUGUGGGAUGUGCCAAUAACACUAAGAUGUUCCUCAUCAACAGAAAAGUUCAUUUUGAAACAUAAGCAUGAUAAGGUUGAUUUCUAUUGUAAACGGCAGAAGGAUGGAAAUAUUUGGAUUAAGUUGAACAUAAAUGAAACCGGAUUUUACCGAGUGAAGUAUGAUAAAGAAAUUACAGCUACACUUCCAUAUGCAUUAGAGGCCAGUGAGUUCUCUUCAAUGGAAAAAAUUGGAAUUUUGGACAAUGCACUUGUGCUUUCCAUGUCCUACGAGCACAGACUAGCUUCGUUGCUACAUAUAGUUUAUGCUUGUCGUGAAGAAGCUGACUACAAUGUUCUCCCACAUAUAUGUGAUAUAACUACAAGCGUUUCCCAAAUAACUUUUGAUGCCACACCUAACUUGGCUGGUGACAUCAAACAACUUCUCAUCAAAAUUCUUUUGUCACCUACUCUAAAGUUAGGCUGGGACCCCAAGGAUGGUGAGGGAGACCUACUUGUUCGUCUUAGAGAAACUCUCUUGGUUGCCCUUGUCAAACUUGGACAUGAUCAAACCAUUAAUGAAGGUGUUAAGCGCUUUCACAUAUUAAAGUGUGAUCACAACUCUUCUAUUCUUUCUCCACACUCUAGAAAGGCUGCAUACCUCUCUAUGAUGAAAAAAGCUAGUAGCUUAGACAGAUCUAGCUAUGAUGAUCUUCGACAAUUCUACAAGGACUUGGGAGAUGGGGUGGAAAAGCGACGCAUCUUAGGUGUAUUGUCUUCUUGCUCGGAUAUGGAUAUUGUUUUGGAGUCAUUGAAUUUAAUAUUCACUAAUGAGGUCCCAAAUCAACAUGCACUUGAUGUACUUAAUGGUAUUACAAUAGAGGCACGUGAAAUUGCAUGGAGCUGGUUGAAGGAAAAUUGGGAUCGUAUCUUGAAGGUUGUUCCUAAGAAGGACCUAUGGCCGAGUAUUGUUGACGACAUUGUUCCAUUGUUCAACUCUAAUGAUAAGGUAUAA